UAUGUCCAUUAAUAAUAGAGGUUUAUCUAAAGAAUUAUAAGAUCGAAUUAUUAAUGAUUUAGGCAUAGUGGAUUGCAAAGAUUUUCAUGAUGGAACAUGCUUGUAUGCUUCUGUUGUAAGGCUACUUUAAUUAAUACCAAAAUCGUACAAAUACUAUAUUCCAAUACAUUUAAUUCCAUUUCUCAUCUUUAAAAGGAAGAGAGUGAUGUAAAGGUAGAAAAUAAGUCAAUUUAUUAAGACCUGUAAAGACUAUUUCAGUGGCAGUUUAUAAUUAUGCUAAAUCAGUUUUAUUUGUAUCUCUUUAUGUUGCUAUUUGCAAAUAUGCCUUAUGUAAACUUAAAAACAUUAGAUAAAAAGAAGAUGGUAGAAUAUAAUUAAUAUUGAUUAGGUUGGAAUCCUGCCCUUGGAGCAUCAGUUGCUUGUUCAGCACUUUUCUUAGAAUCUGAAGGAAGAAGAUAAGAAAUAGCAUUAUUUAUAUUUCCAAAAUCAUUAGAAACUGCAUGGAGAUUAUUAAAAAAGAGAGGAUAUGUAUCAAAUAUUAAAGGUUGGGAAUUGUUCUUAUUUGGUCUUGCUAUGGGUAUCAUCAACUAUUUCUAUCAUUAUGAUGUAAAAUUUAUAUUUUAUAAUAGGAUGCAGCAAUCAAAUCCACUUAUUUAACUAUAUUCAAAAACUUUUGGGGAAAAGAUUGAUU